AUGACUGCACUCUGGCUCCCGCCAGAACUCUGGAAGGAAGUCUUUGCGCAUGCUACCUAUUUCCAAGGAGAGUGUGACAUCCAUGAAUGGAUCCAAAGGACGCAUCCAGGGUCAGAAGAGCAGACAAAGCUCGAAUUGGCGAGAAGACAGAUAGCGGGCGAGGAAUCAAAUGGGUUCAUGCUCUUGGAGAACCCUCAAUUUCGCGAUCAACAGGCAUAUUUGCGGCUGUCCCUCAUCCUCGUCUGCAGAGAUUGGUUCCAGAUGACGGCCGAACAUUUUUAUCGCUCCAUCAUUAUUCGCGAUCCCUCAAAGCUCCAUGGAUGCGUAAAGACACUCAAGAGGCUUCCUUGGGUCCGCAAAUUUGUCCGUCGUCUAGAGUUCAGCAUUAGUGAAGAGGAUACAGACCUCUUGGAUAGCCGAUCCAUAAGCGCGUUCCAGAGACAACUCACCGACGUCAUCGAAUACUGCGCCGAGCUCGUCUUCUUCCGAGGCUCCGUCUCAUUUGAAGACGCUCGGAUGCUCGACCUGAUCGACCUAUCCCUCCGGUCUGCGCUGGCGAACCAUUGUCCCAACCUUCAACUCGUCGUAGGCCAUCAUGCCCUGGAUGGGUACCCUGCAUCGACAUUCUUUCGUCACAUCCCCCACCUAUCCAAUCUUGUCAUCCUCCAACUGCCUCCGAAUGUCGGAACGUUGGCAGUCACCCACAAACCACCCGUCUCGCUUCCAUAUCUUCGCGUCCUCGACCUCGGGAACCAAGCUCCCCUCAUCUCUAUCGAGUUUGGAAGGUAUCUCUCUCGAUGGAACCUUCCAAGUCUCGACACUGUCCAUCUCGGCACGUUGAGUCCAGCCCUUGCGCUGCACUCAUUCUGGGGAAGCCACGGAUCCAAGCUGACGACGAUCAAAGUCUAUAACGCCCAAGGCACGACAAUGGGCAGGCGCUUUGCAGAAGUCAAUUUAGGAAUCACUAUGCCAUCAAACGACCUAUUCCCAAAUAUACGGCAGCUCAUCGUAUUACACAACCCACCACGCGCACUCACGCAUUUGUUUUGCCAAUCCUAA